CCGCGGCGAGUUUGGUACUCGGUGACGUCACCGCCAAGUUGAUAUACCUACGCGAUCGGUUGACGUCGGGCUGUCGGUGGUGGAACUGGGGUGCGCUUCACUCGAGCUAGUUUCGCGUAAAACUCGCGAAUCGAAUUUUGACGCGAUAUCGACGUCGCCGUCGCAUUCUACGCAUCAUGAAGCAAUCGUUCCGGUUCAGAAAAAUCCACUACGUCCUGGCAGCCACCGUACUGGUGGCUUUGGUGAUAUUUCUGAUGCUGUACUUUUUGCUCAAACCAAUCACGACGAUAAGGGGAGCCGUGGUUACCAACGGUCGCGGUUGUUCCGCCAUUGGGAACUCGAUUCUGGACAGCGGCGGCUCCGUCGCGGACGCGGCCAUCGCCGCCCUUUUCUGCGAAGGUGUUUCGAUGCCCUUCAGCAUGGGCCUCGGGGGCGGUUUCCUGCUGACCAUCUACGACCGGCAGACGGGGCUCGUCGAAUCGCUCGAUGCGAGAGAAAAGGCACCCGCGGGGGCCCACGAGAACAUGUUCAACGGAAGCGCUGAACUCUCACUAAGGGGAGGGCUCUCCGCAGCAGUCCCUGGGGAGUUGAGGGGCUACUGGGCAUUGUACAAGAAGUACGGCUACCUGCCGUGGAGGGAACUGGUCGAGCCCACCAUCCAGUUAUGCAGGAACGGGAUCUACGUCACCGCGUACUUGGCAAGGAAUUAUCGAGAGAAGAGAGACCUGAUUUAUGCGGACCCCGUGUUAAGAGACAUUUUCUUCGAUCCGGACACUAACGACACCUACGUCGAAGGUCAGUACGUGAAACGGCUGAGACUCGCCCGUACGUUGGAAGUAAUCGCCAACGAAGGCGGAGACGCCCUGUACACCGGCUCGCUGGUCGAGAGUCUCGUCAAAGAUAUCGAGAGCAAAGGCGGCAUCAUAACCGUGGAGGACAUGAAAAAUUACACACCGAUCUGGCAAGAACCGAUAACGACCCGUUUGAACGGUAAUUACACGGUUCACACGACGCCGCUGCCCGGUUCCGGCGUGAUUUUGACGUUUAUCUUGAACAUCCUAGACGGGUUCUUGAACGCGACGCAGCCGUAUUCGACCGAGACGUUCCAAAGGAUCGUGGAGAGCUUUAAGUUUGGUUACGGCAAAAGGACCGAGCUGGGCGACAGUCUCUUCGUCGAGGGUAUCGAGGAUCUCGUCGCAAACCUAACCUCGAAAUCGUACGCCGAUGAAAUCCGCAAGCAAAUAUCAGACACCGCGACGUCUAACGACGCUUCGUAUUACGGUGCGAAGACGACCCUCACCGAAGACCACGGUACAGCCCAGGUGUCCGUGCUCGCUCCCAAUGGGGACGCCAUUUCAGUUACCAGCACCAUCAACCAAGUUUUUGGCGCUGGGUUCGCAUCGAACAGCACCGGCAUAAUCCUCAACGAUGAAAUGGACGAUUUUUCGUCUCCGAGCGUCACCAAUGGGUUCGGGAUACCACCAUCCGCCGCGAACUACAUUAAACCCAACAAGCGACCCCUUUCCUCGAUGGUACCGUCAAUCAUCUUGAAGGACAACGACGUGGUACUUGUCACGGGUGCCGCGGGCGGUACCAAAAUCACCACCGUCGUCGCCCAAGUGAUCGUCAAACACCUCUGGUUCGGUAUCGACCUGAAAGACGCCAUCGAAGAGAAGAGAAUCCACCACCAACUCUUCCCGAUGCAGAUAGAAUUGGAGGAGGGCUUCGAUGACGCUUAUCCCGACGUGGUUAGAGAUUUGGUCUCGUUCGGUCAUAAUUUCACUCUAACCCCCACCACAAACGGGUUUUCCGCGUUGACGAGUAUUUCGGCGAAGGACGGCAACAUUGUAGCAGCGUUUGACAGCAGACGCGGCGGUUACGUCACGUACAACGUCGGGUAACGGCUCGGGUCCGCGAUCGGAGGGAGACAAUAAAAGAUCUUAUUUAUUACGUAAAUUAUUGAUUCUAGUUAAGGUUGCCUUUGUGACGGUACCGAAAAGUAUCCAGGAAAUCGUCGCCCAAUGAAAAAUUCAUGAUACAAAACUUUGGAUCACGAAAUUCGAUAUAAAAUCGUUAUCAAUUUUAAUAAGAUCUUAUGGACGAUUUUUUUUUGUAGAAAAUGACGAUGUUUGAACCCCGUUAAAAGAAUUGUUUUUAAACAUCUUAUAAGAUUUUAUACGGGGUGUUCGGAAAUCGAGUUCGGAAACUUGGAUGAAAGAUUCAACGCGGUAAAAUAAUAGUAAUAGUAAUAAUAAUAAUAAUAAUAAAUAGUCUUUAUUAGCAUUACAUGGGCGAAGUCUGGCAUUACAACUACAUAUAAAUUACAAGUAUGUAUGAAAUUACAAAAUAGAAUGAAUGAUAUACAUGUAUUGCAACGGAUUAUUUUACAUUAAGUAAUUGUUUUUUUAAAUGUAAGCUAAAAUUUUUACAUGAACCAAGUAACUUUGAUUUGAUUCCGCUAUUUAAGGAGUCGAACAAGCUUACAGCAUUAUAUGCAAAAGAACAUGGAAUUUUUUUUGUUUUGUGCUAUGGCAUAGUGAGUGAUGAUUGGUGUAUUAGAUUCAAGACAUGAAUGGAUUUCCUAAAUUCUAAUUUGUCAUGUUGGAAUUUAUUACACGUUUCAACCAGCAUAAAAGUUAUAUUUGAAAACGUCUUUGAUUUUUAACCAAUUGAAUCUUGAAACUUGAAUAAGAUUGCUGUCAACGUAUAAUUUCAUUUUGGACUUCAAACUUUUCCUCUUAGAGGCAAAAAUAAUGACACUACACUUUGAUGGAUUUAAACGUAAAUUACGACCCUCCGCAAAGGUGGGUCCAAAUCCUUGUUUAAUCCUUGCUGUAAUAAAUCACUUAAACUUUUUUUUAUUUUUUUAUUCUCAAUUUCAAUAUUCCUGAUGGGCCAUAACCGUAGCAGUCGUAUAAUAUGCACUUUUAAUACAAACUAAUUUUCAACAACUUAAAACAAGAGUAACAAUUUUUGAGGAUUUGCGAUUCUGCUUAAGACAAUCUGUUCCAUUUUACAAUAUCAGUCUAAAUAAAUAAAAUAUAGGGGAAAAUAAUAAAAAAGUACCCUCUACCCAAGGACUUCCGUAAAACAUCAUCGGAAUAUCUGACCGGACAGAAGGUGUUUCAGCUAAGGGACAUCCUUAAGACGUCUCAAGGAUAUACGAUGUUACUAAUUGAAACGUCCACAGUAUAUCAGAUAGGUAUGUCUUUAGGAUUCUUGUUAAAUCAUCCUAGGGAUAUCCAGAUAUACUAGUUGAGACGUCGUUAGUAUAUCCGACUGUGAGGAUAUAUGAUCUUAUAUAGAUAUACCACUACUAUACUACUUAAUUAUUUCCAACGGCCUAUGAGAAGUACUGGAAAGGUAAUGUCCAGUAGUCCAAUUAGUUGUAGGACUACAAAAAUUCUAUCCCAGCAUUUGGUACUCGCGUGUGAUGAAAUUAACCUAUUGGUGAAGUCAUCACUUGAAUAGCAGGCAGUUUUUUCCAAUUAAUCCUUAAGUUUGCUUUUGAUGGUAUAAGUGAAGGACUGCACAUCUGAUUUAUUUCUAUUUUAGAUAUGAAAAAUUUUUAAGUAAUCUAAAGUAUUUAAAAAAUAGAGUAAGAUACUAUAUCUUGAACUAAAUUCUAAAAGAAUUAUUAAUAUUUGACAGGCUUUCUAACAUUUUUUGAUGAAAGUAGCUUUUUUCAGCCAGCUAUUGAAUUAUCACAUUCUUUUGGUGUUUGUGAUGUGUUUGCCUUCUUAUCCGCACCUGAAAAUAUUUUAGUUUUGAGAAACAGGUUUUAUGUAUCUUUAGUUUAUAAAAAAAUAAAUAAAAAGAAUGAGACUGGUAUCUUAUAUGUUUAAAGUUAGUUCUUCGGUAAUAAUAAUACCACAAAAAAAUAACUGAAAUGAAAGCAAAGAAAAUACUCAAAAUAUACGCCAAGUCGCCGUAUACCUUAUACCGCCAACAAAAACAAGGCUGGAAAGAUGGCGGGCGACCAGACGGAGGAGAAGCCGACGAGACUCGAGCGAGUCCGACACGGCACGACCGCGAGUAGUUGCGUCAUUGGAUGCAGCCGAACCGUGUUGUCAAAUGUGAUCUGAUAAACAAAUAUAUUAUUUUUACGUUUUUGUAAUUUUUUCACUUAGAUGAAUGCGUAUUUUCUGUGUAUAAUAAAAACAAGUUGAUUUUAACGAGUUAAGGUUUUCUUCACAUAAUUAACGGUUUGACGGCUUUUUUAGGACUUGCCAAUACUGACAUCGAUGUGGAUGUGCACAAAAACGUGGCCAAUAACAUGUCUCCCAAAACACCACAAAUCUAAUAAAACUGAGUAUUUUCCUUCUCAGUUGUUCAAAAUUUCACUUUUUAGGUUUCUAUUGCAAACUUUCCCAUUAUGGCCUUUUUGAACCAUUCCUUCAAGUUUCCGAACUCAAUUUCAGAACACCCUGUAUAAAAUAACGCGCUCUCGUGAUAAAUUGUAAGAUGCGAAAACGCAAUGCUCUGAUUCUGCGAAUUAGCGAUGAUGCCAAGUCUCACGAAUUCCGCUUCCGCGUGGUUUCGAGAUACCAUCACUUUCGACGUUACCGGUUUCCGGGGUACCAUCACACCCUGUACAUAAAUAUAUAUAUUA